GCCGCCGACCCCGCGCCGCCGCCGCCGGCGCCUCCCCCGAGCCUGGAGCUGCGGACGGGCGGGCAGAUCCUGCGGCGGGCGGCGGCGCACUUCCUCCGCCCGCGCUCCCUCCCGCCGCUCCUCGUCGCGGCGCUCCUCCUCGUCCUCUUCCGCCUCGCGCUCGUCUCCGGCACGCUCCGCCUCGCGUCGUUCGCCGACCAGGACCCGGCCCUCCGCUCCCUCCUCUCCCGCCUCUCCCCGCCCGCCCCGCCCUCCCCGCCGCACCCUCCCCCGCACCACCUCCCCCGCCGCCGCUCCCCGUUCACCUCCUCCUCAUCGCCCUCCCUCUCCGACGACGACUUCCUCGUAGGUACCCUCGAUCCCGCCUCCACAGCCCCCUCCCGCCGCCGCAACGCCUCCUCCUACGAGUUCCUCUUCACUCCCUCCUCCUCAUCCUCCCCCAAACCCUACGCCUUGUUGCAAUCGCUCCCCCGCCGCCUUCCUUCCACCGCGUCCCCCUUCUUCUUCGCCGUCCAUAACGAGACCUCGCCGCCGAAGUCCGCCUCGCCCCGCGGCGGCGAGCUCCGGCUGCUCGACCUGACCAGGCGCGAUGCCGCGGCCAUCAUCAACCUCCUCGCGAUGCUCUCGUCCGUGCACGUGCUCGCGAUCCUCGGUUACAUCGCCGUGCACUCGGCAGCUCUGGGCACGGUGUUCGCGUCUGUUGCCGGGCGGCACUUGCAGGGGCAGCAGCGACGGUGGUUCCACUUCUCUGGUAUUGCUUUGGGGGCGAAGCGGCUCACCGGGUUUGCAUUCCUGCGGUGGGCGACACGCGACGCGAUCGUGCAGAUGCUCUGCCUCUGGUUCUUCUCCGAGGUGCAUGACCAAGCGCAGCUGUUCAGGCUCUUUGUCGUCGCCAAGCUCAUGCCCUUUUCAGCAUCUGUCAACCCAUGGCUUGCUGCAGCCGUUGCAGGACCAGAGCUUGAUGGGUUCUUCAUUGCGUGGGCUCUUCUUGAUGCGAUUGUCUCAGUGCUUUUCACCGUGGUGCCAUGGGUGGUUGUUAUGGACCGUGAUCCACGCCCGCCUGGUCGCAAUACUGUCAAGGAAGGGUGCUACCUCAUUUCACUGAUGGCAACAGAUGCCACAUUGAUCAAGUGCUGGGAAACAGUAGUGUGUGGCAGCAUGGGACGGGUUGCCAUGGUGGCAUUUGGUGGGAAGAUUCUUGGCGGAUUUCUUCACUCCAUUGCAGAGGUGUACUUCAUGGUGGUCUGGCUGAUGUUCUACUUUUCAGCAAGAUGUAAGGAGGUUCGGUUGGGGGGCCGUCAUUUUGGAUUGGAAGAUGUAGCAGCUGCUCUCGAUGGAUUCAGGCAAUAACAAUUGACAGUUUGAGCAUUAGUUUGUCAGUGAGAAGAGGUAUAAUUCAUGCCUCAUGAUGCUCAUUCAUGGCGCAUUGCUGGUCUUGGCAGUCACAAUUUUCGUAGUUUUCUUGAUUUUCCAAAUUGCGCUAUGAUUUCUGAUUUGGAUAAGGGAGAGAGAACUUGGCAAUGCUUGUAUGUAUAGUUUUUGCCCUAUGGGGGUAUCCAUGUAUAGUCGCACCAUUUGGCACACACGAAGGCUUGUCUGGUUCCUUUUUCCACGGGAGAUGAGAUGCCUUGUGAUAGAUGAUGUAGAUCCAAGAUGAUGAUAGCAAGAUUUAUACAGUCCUGUGGUGUACUAGAGAGUUCUCUUGAGUGAUUUUCGAUAUGGAAACUGUUGGUGCUUCAAGCUCACACGCUGUAGGCACUAUGUGGAUAACCUUUGUUCUUCUUCUUCUUCUUUUGUUGUGCGAGCAACUUUGUCUAUAACUUCAUCUCAAUAACCCUUUACCUUUCUCUUUGACGAAGUUACUGGUUCAUUGUUGAGUUUUUUUUAAUGGCCCAAUUCUUUUUUAGUUACUGGUUCUAUUGGAGUGCAAUUAUUUUUCUCUUCAAUUGAUAUGACAGAUUUAUCACUCGUGAUCUGGAAGUCUGUCCUGACAUCUGGUGCAUCUCCAUAAGCAGCUUAGCAUGUGAGCUUAUAUUUAUUGGAAUACCCUUUCUGGACUAAUGUUUGUCAUAAUUCAUUCCAUAAUGAUUUUUAUUAUUUAUAGAUAUGACCUGUGGUUCAUGUUUCCUUGCAUGCCAUCUUUUUCACCUCUUUGUUCAGUCCAUAUUCCAUUGAAAAGUUUAAAGCCUGUGUUGUAUGGGAUACUGGAAAUAUUGAGCUGCUUCUGUUCGUUCAAUAUUGAUCCAAUAGUGAACCAAAUGAAGUAAAAGCGUAAGCACAAAGUUUGGCCUUACUAUAAUAGACUGCCUUGUAUCAUUUCAGUUCUUUGACCAGUUUGUAUCAUGACUGCAACCCUUAUUUAAUCCAUGUUCAGAACAUAAAAACUGAAUUUAUGUAGCAAUGCAUUGUACUCUACCUCAAUUUAUGUAUUCCAUUAGUAUAUUCACUUGUAUGCAUUAGUAAGGAUAGGCUGCCUAGUAUCAUUUCAGUUCUUUG